CAAACAAAAAAAAAACCUCUCUAGCAAUACACACCAAACUGAGCAUGUGCAGAGUGUCUCCACACGAUAUGUCUUAUCAGGAGAUAAGAGGGGGACACCGGAAGAAGGGAAGGAUCACAAAAGUCAGGAUCAAACUGCAUUUUUACACAUUGCAAAGGAUUAACCCCUUAGGUUCCACAGUGAGUGUAACAAGCAUGCUUUACUGCCAGGGGCGGACUGACAACUCAUGGGGCCCCUGGGCAAUAGGGGAUCAUGGGGCCCCUGUGUCCUUGCCCAAACUCAAAAAAGCCUAU